AUGUUGUCGAACGAUUCCUAUGAUCAUGAUGUUGAUCAUAGUCUUCGUUAUAUUCUUCUUUUUCGUCUAAUUGUUUGGGGAUAUGUCGGUAUGGUAUUGAGUAUAUUUGGCAUUGUCGGAAAUAUUAUAACUAUUCUUGUACUUAUGUCAUCAUCAUUGCGUACAACAUCUACAAAUAUCUAUUUAAUUGCGUUAUCAUGUUCAAAUAUACUUUUUCUGCUUAUAUUUAUCCCGUCCUAUUCCAUACGAUAUUUAUUAGGUUACAGUGUUUAUAUGUCAAAUGAACCUCCAUUUGCCUUUGAAAUUAUUCUAUCACGUUUACCAACAACGCCUGUCUAUAAUACAAUACUCUUAUCAAUUAUAUAUUUAACCAUAGCUGUUUCAAUGGAUCGUCUUAUAUUAAUUAAAUUGCCAUUGAAAUCAAAACAUAUAUUAACAAAACGUGCAACUUUAACGACGAUUCUAUUGAUUUAUAUUUUUUCUAUUGUUUAUUGUAUACCCUAUUGGUUGGAACAACGUUAUGCACCAGAUACGCAAGAAUGUCUUCUGACAAAUAUUGGUAAAAAAAUUCAUAAAUAUAUAAGAAUAUAUUUUUAUAUACCAGUUGUUUAUGUCAUACCAUUUAUUACAUUAACAUGUAUUAAUAUUACAAUUAUACAGAAUUUAAUUGCUAAAAAACGCCGUAAGCAAAGUUUAUUCGGCAAAACAAACCGUAAGGUCUCGGCUGAUUAUCAUAUAACAUUGAUGCUUGUAGCAAUAAUAAUUGUUUUUGUUCUAUGUCAAUUACCGCUAUUGGUAUUAAACGUAUGGUAUGCCAUUGAUCCCCAUGGUUCGUAUGAAAGUUUCAAAUUUCAUGCAUUAAAUUCCAUUGGAAUCUUGCUAACUGUAUUUAAUACGUCAACAAAUUUUCUACUCUAUUGUUUUUUUGGUCAAAAAUUUCGUUUAACAUUACUUCAAUUUAUUUUAAACGUUUUUACAAAAAAUCCAAAAGAUUACAAUUUACAACGGCAAAGUUUAGUUGAUAAUAAAGUACAAUUGAAAUUACUUCAACAGCGAAUAUCAGCAAAUCAAUAUUCAAUAACAACGAGUGAUUCGAAACCUCUUCAAGUUAAAAUAAACCCUAAUCCACUCCCCCGAUGA